GAAAGAAGAAAGAAAGCAGUGAACGAAACCAGGGAGGUGAACAAGAGGACAUGAAGUGACUCAGCUGAUCUCUCUCAGUCACCCGCGAGACGUCAGAGGGAGAGGACGCUAGCCGCUGCUCUCCUCCUCCUCUCCCUUCCCCUGCCUUCAGCCCCACGUGGGUACAUAACCCCUGUCACUCUCUGUCAGCCCCCUGCCGGCUCCUGGGGACGUGGGGAGCUCAUGUGGGCGUGUGUGCAUUAGGCAGUGAGAUAAUUAGAGCUAGCUUACUUUUCUAGUGAGCUAUAUUUAAGUAUAUGGUGUGAAUAAGUACUGGUAUUACUACUACAACUACUACUACUAUUUAUUGAAGCGAUGACGUCAGCAGGUGUCAUGGCGGCCGCGGUGUUGCCACUUCUCCUCCUGUUUACCAGCGCGGUAGUGACGGCAUCAACGGAGCACGCUGAACCCUCCCAAGAGUUAGAGGCGACAGGGGUGGCAGAGGACGCGAGACCAAUGGACGAGGAACCCCUGCUGGUCCUUCCUGCCGCCGCCAGAGCCGUGCAAUGGGUGAUAGGGCAGAGGAAGCCAGACUGGGGAUGGGGGACUGACACGGCACAUACGGUUCUUGCCUUAAGACUCGCCAAUGCUACAUGGUUCGCUCCAAGCCAACUAGAGAGCCAGCUGGCGGUGAAGCAGUUAGAGCUGGAACUGGUGCUGAGACUGUGGAAGAAAGGGCGCCACGAGCUUCCGGUGACCCAGGGACAUCUGGCGGUCAACGUGAUGGCGCUGGUGGCUCUCUGUCGGGAUCCAAGGUCAUUUUACUCCAAGGACCUCGUGUCAAUGUUGGGCCACCAGGCGGGACAAGUUGACUUCGAGAUUGCGUACACUCAGUUGGCCACGUGCACGGCUGGCCAGCACGUGAGGAAGGCCAAGGUGCGCCGCCUAGUGGACAUGAUAUCAGCGCACGGCAAAAUUCACUCACUAGACACCCUCUCCGUGGUGAUAAUGGCGCUGCGCUGUAUACAACACCAGAGGAGGCACGACCUUCACAGAUAUCUGGACACGGCCCUCCACGCCCUCUUGAAGCAGCAGCAGCCAGACGGGUCCUUCGGGGGUAACCUGCACACCACCGCCUUGGCCCUGCAGGUGGCGAUGCUCUCCAGUCAGCUAGCGGGGUCAUGGAACGCUACAAGGGCGCAACAAUACGCUCUGUCCCACCAGCGGCCUGACGGGUCCUUUGGCAGCCUGUUUGACACCAUUGCCGUGUUGCCCCUGCUCGGCGGCCGCACCCUGCUGGACGUGGCGCUUGCGCAGGUGUCCCAGUGUGGAGGGGCGACACUGUGGACUCCCGUGACGCCCCUGUGGAUGCCUUUGACCUGCCCGAUGACACGCCCCCAGUCCCCACGGGUCUUCCCCCUCGACCUGACCCCGCCAAACACCACAGAGGAAGCCCCAGGAGAGGAUAACAAAGCAGAAGGCUUCUCCCCACCUACCUCCCUGCACACAACCAAAACUUCCAUCUCUUCCCACCUAAGGCUCCUCCCCACCUACCUGCUCCUACUAAACCUAACACCUGUUCUCACCUGUCUGCACUUGUUCCCUCAGAUCCAGGUGACCUAUGUGAUCUGGAAAGGUAAUAACGCCUCUUUGAACUACAAUUUGACUCUGAGUGUGGCGCCAAAUACAACAUUCCUGGAGGUUAUGAAGACUGCGGCAGAAAUGGAUGACCGAUACGUCUUCUCCGCCUCCCACUGGGGUAACGGGCUCUACAUCCACACCCUGGCAGGCGCGAAGGAACAGAAGCUGGGUUACUGGUACUGGCUGCUCUUCAGAUUAAGAGAAGCGCCCAUCCCCGGCACCAAACCUGAUAACAAGUUUAUUGUAGGCACAGGUGUGCAGGAGACCAUUGUGCAUGACAGAGACAUCAUGCUCUUCUGGUUCCAUCAAAUUUAAAUGCUCACCACACCAUCACCACCACCACCACCACCACUGCUACCACUGCUGCUACUACUACUACUACUACUACUACUUCUGCUGCUACCACUACUACUGCUACUACUACUACUGCCGCUACCACUACUACUACUACUACUACUACUGCUACUACUACUACUACUGCUACCACUACUACUGCUACUACUACUACUACUACUGCUGCUGCUGCUGCUGCUGUGACUGAUGCUGUAACUGCUGCUGCUGCUGCUGCUGGUGAUGUUACUGUUGUUGUUAAUUAUUUGACUACUACUACUACUACUACUACUACUACUACUACUGCUACUACUACUACUACUACUACUACUACUACUACUACUACUACUACUACUACUACUGGUGCUGUUGUUGGUUAUUACUGUUGCUGCUGCUGCUGCUGCUGACUACUACUACUACUACUACUACUACUACUACUACUACUACUACUACUACUACUACUACUACUACUACUACUUUUUAUCCGCCUUUCUUCCUCUUCCUCUUUCUUUUCUUUUUGUCGCCAUGUUUCCGUCAUUUAGUCUCUCUCUCUCUCUCUCUCUCUCUCUCUCUCUCUCUCUCUCUCUCUCUCUCUCUCUCUCUCUCUCUCUCUCUCUCUCUCUCUCUCUCUC